AUGGAGAAGCUGCUUAGGAUCACCUCAUUGACAGUGCUGCUAGUCUCAGCCUUUUCCAGAGACUUCAUACAACCAAAUGGUAACUUGUAUGCUGUGCUGGUAGCCGGAUCCAACGGAUGGUAUAAUUAUCGCCAUCAGGCUGAUGUUGCCCACUCCUACCACACUCUGCUGGAGCAUGGAGUGAAAAAGGAGAAUAUAAUCGUCAUGAUGUACGACGACAUCGCCAAUGACCCCAGAAUGCUACUUGAUUAUUCGGCUAUACUCACUAACUCGUCUUCCAGAAACCCUUACAAGGGACAGCUCUUCAACUCACCUUACGGUCCAGAUGUCUAUCAAGGAUUGAACAUUGACUACAGGGUGAGUGGCAAGGUGUUUAGGUUACUACCAUGUGAGUCAUUGUACAAUAAAUCGAGCGUUUCUCAGGGCGAUUCGGUCAACAUACCAAACUUUCUAGCCGUUCUUAAAGGAGACGCAACAAGCUGUGAAGGGCGGAAAUGGCCGUGUUAUUCACAGGCAAGCACUGUUUACUUUGGGAAUUCUCAUACAAUCAAUGACCGGAUCUUCGUCUACUUCACCGAUCACGGAGGUUCAGGAAUAAUUGCCUUCCCGGAAGGAGUCGUGAGUUCUAACCUAUUUCGAAGGUCACAGCAGACGUGA